AACCAUGUUCACCGCGCUCACCUCCAUCGUUCCGACCCGCGUCGCCCUCAAGACCCGAACUAAACCUACUCACAAGGUAAGGUCUGGAGUCGUCGCCUACACCAACUGGAUGCUCGACGGCGUCGGAUGCUCCGGCGCGAGAUCCGACGAUUCGACGCUGGUCAAAUCGAAGAAGCUCAAGAACAACGUCGUGCACUGCCCGGUGAAGCCCAUCGACCUCACGUCCCUCUGCAUGUCCCACGACGGACGCUUCGAGAUGCUCGACGCCCUCUUCGAGCAGUACGGUGACGACAUCUUCGUCUCCAACCUCGCGCCCAUGGACUCCCAGCACGGCUCCAUCACCAUGACCGUCGACGGCGAGGUCCUGCCCCCGUUCGCCAAGACGGUCCUCAAGCCCGGAUCCAAGGUGCAGAUUGGCGACGAGAUCUACGAGGUGAACCGCAACGUCCACGCUCACGCCUGAACGGUUGGGGCGCCGAAGGAGGAGACGCGGCGCGGGUUCGGGCCCGCGAGCGACUGGGACUCGGCCUGGGCCGCGUCGACCGCCAUCGAGGAUCCACCCGAACACGGGACCUUCGAGU